AUAUCAAAUCAGUAGAAGAAAAAACAAAUAUUUUAAGCUCGUAAUACAAGAAAAAAAAUAUUUUUUUCGUAAUACAAGAAAAAAAAAUGUCUUUGUCAUUAGAAACUUGGAACCUCAAAAGGGUAUGAAACUAUGUGAGUCAAAGGUCAACAGCUUCAUAGCGAUCUGUAUUCCAUUCCAUAUAAGCUUUGAUAUGUGUUUGUGUUGGAAGAAAGAGCGAAAUGGGUGGGGAAGGAGAUGAGGAGCUAUCACCAUUUGUGGAAAGCUUUUCUUCAUUUGAUAAUGAAGAUGGUGCUGAAUCAAACCAGCUGCGCAAAAGAAAUGGGACCACAUGGACUGCAGUGGCACAUAUUAUAACAGGAGUUAUAGGAGCAGGAGUGUUAUCACUCGCAUGGAGUAUAGCUCAGUUGGGAUGGAUUGCAGGUCCUUUGUUCAUCUUAGUCUUUGCUCUCAUCACCAUUGUUUCUGCAGAUCUUCUAUCUGAUUGUUACAGAUACUCAGAUCCUCAUUUGGGGCUUGACCAAUAUCGUUGUUCUUCUUAUAUGGAAGCUGUCAGAUUGUACUUAGGGGAGAAAUGGCAAUAUGUGUGUGGAGUGUUUCUGCACCAAGGCUUGUAUGGAUGUGGGAUUGCCUAUACCAUUACAGCUGCCAGCAGCAUCAGAGCAAUUCAGAGGUCAAACUGCUACCAUGAUAAGGGACAUGAGGCUGCAUGUUCAUAUGGAGAUAUUCAACACAUGCUUGUAUUUGGAUCUAUUCAGAUUGUAGUGUCACAGAUACCAGAUUUCCAUAACAUGACAUGGCUUUCUGUUAUGGCUGCAGUUAUGUCUUUCAUCUACAGUUUUAUUGGAUUCGGACUUGGCUUCGCUAAAGUCAUAGAGAAUGGAACAAUUAAAGGGAGCAUAGCAGGGGUUCCAGCCUCAAAUAUGGCCAACAAAUUAUGGUCAGCCUUCCAAGCACUUGGGGAUAUCGCCUUUGCCUAUCCAUACACGGUUAUUCUUCUUGAGAUUCAGGAUACAUUGAAAUCACCUCCAGCAGAAAGCCAGACCAUGAAGAAGGCUUCAGUGAUUGCAGUCAUCUUGACAACCUUCUUCUAUCUCUGCUGUGGUUGCUUCGGAUAUGCAGCCUUUGGAAAUGACACCCCGGGAAACCUCUUAUCAGGAUUCGAGCUUUUUGAGCCUUACUGGCUCGUCGAUUUUGCUAAUGCUUGCAUUGUUCUUCACUUGGUGGGAGGAUAUCAGAUGUUCAGUCAGCCAAUAUUUGCAGUAAGUGAAAGAUGGCUCAGCAAAAACUACUCGAACAGCGGAUUUGUGAAGAAUUUCUACUGCUUGAAACUGCCAUUGCUUCCACUCGUACAACUUAAUCCGAUGAGAAUAUGUUGUCGAACAGCUUAUGUAGUGUCGACCACAGGAAUUGCCAUGAUGUUUCCUUAUUUCAACCAAGUUUUGGGAGUGUUAGGUGCCAUUGGCUUUUGGCCUUUGACUAUAUAUUUCCCAUUGGAAAUGUACUUUGUUCGAAACAAGACUCAACCUUGGACAAGACAAUGGCUUGUUUUAAGGAUGAUUAGCUUUGUUUGCUUUCUUGUCUCAGUUGUUGGGGUCAUUGGAUCACUUCAAGGACUUGUAAGUUCAAAACUUGGUUAACUGAAAAUUAUUAUAGUUAGUUCUUUAUACUAUACACUAGUAUUAUAUAUAAUAGUAUAUAGAAUAGAAACAGAAUGGGAAAACAAUGUUGAGGAAGAGAACAAAUGGCUCCUUUUGUGAGGUAGUUUGAGAUAUAUUAUACAAUUUUUUUGAGCUUCAGUGAUAUUAUUGUCUUUAUUUCA